AUGGCCCCAGCCCUGCAUACCAGCGACUCUACGACCCAUCAAGCCGCCGAGCCGCAUCCGAACGAGGUCGAGCUUCCCUACCACAACGACGUGCCAGGCCACCCAGCUUCCGUCGAUCACGAUGGCAUCUCCGAUGCUUCGGUAGCUUCGGUAGACCCCUCUGUGGUCAUGCGCAAGCUUAUGAAGGGCAAGGAUAAGGAAUGGGAUGCUGUCGCGCCCAGCAAGUCGGGCAAGAAGCUGACCCUUCUCGAGCUGCCGAUUACGCACACGAAUGAUCUUACCUCGCUCGCCUUGACCAACUCGAACCUCCACAAUCUCGCGAUCCCUCACAUCUACUCGAGAUUCGACAUUGUCUGGCCCGAUGCCACCCAGAUGACCACGUCCGACUCCAAGAGCGUGGAUGCCCUUACCUAUGGUCUUUCUACGAUCUGCCUCGGCAGCUCCUUUGCUCAUCGCACCCGCAAGAUGCUCUACCCGGGGUACACACCUAGCUACGGUACCAACGUUCGGAGACAGAAGAACGACUAUGCCAAAUAUACGAAGAAAUUCUCGCUGGGCAACGGUCCGCAAGAUUGGGUGGCGGAAUACAUGAUUUCCAAGGAGAGCGGCAAGAUGCUAGGCACGCUUGUCGCUCUAGCUGUGGAGAAGAUGGUCAACCUGGAGUCCUUUGUCUGGGAUAUGCCGACUGGUGUGCUCUCCGAAAUCUUCAUGGCUCUGGCCUCCAUUCCGGAACAGAGCUCAGACGGCGAGUCGAAGCUCGAAAAGGUUUGGGUGAGAUGGCAUGACAAUUCCGACGGUUCCAGUCCGUCACCAUCGUCAAGUCCGCCUCCCCCGAUCCCGUCCACCCUACCGGCCGGCAGCAACCUCACCACAGUCGGCAUCUUGAUUCCUUCGGACGCUGCCCAUCCGGCACCGCGGGGCGCGAUACCGUACGCGGAAACCCAAAUCGAAUUUCCUACCUUUAGCGUCUUGCCUCCGCUCAAGAGUUUGACUGUUCUAGAUAUCGACGAACUUGCUUACCUAGACGAGAUGGCCAUGGCGAUCGAAAGAUCACGAGACCGCCUCCAGGAACUCCGCGUCGGUAUAUCCUCAAGGGCCGUCUUCAAGGACUUUGUCCAGGCCUGGGAUGGGCCCGACCUGCAGCAAAUUGAUAGGGAUGCCAGAUGGCCUGGUGAGAGCUCCAUUGGCGAGAGAAGGCUUGGCGGGGUUCUAGGAGUGCUUGUCGGUCGUAUCUAUGAUAUCCGCCGCAAGACGUCUUCGAAAUCGAAAGAAAAGGCUCCUAUGGUAUCGACGCAAGCGAUUCUGGAGACCACGGAGACCUCAAAUAGCGUAGGACAACCCAACACGAACGAGCCAGACGCCAUGGAAGUAGAUGGCCCAAUUGAGUCGCUCUCAAUCGAUGCCGCGGCUCAUCCAACGGAAACAGCUCAUGUUACAGGCGCAAAUAGCCAAGCACAUCAUGAGGAAAAGUCACAGCCUGCGAAAGAUCAAGCGACCAGCGACGGGGACAUCGUGGAUACACCUUUGGGUGUGACGAGAAAGAGGCUGGACGGCAAACUCAAGCUACGCUCGCUCGAGCUCGAAAGAGUUCCGCUGUCAAUUCAAGUAUUCAGUCAGGCCUUCGACUGGACUGUCUUGACCACAUUGACCAUACUCGAGUGUUCCCAGCACGAUAGUCUCUGGAAGGCAUUGCGAAAGCAAUUUGCCCCCACUCCGGUUGUCAGGCUCGGAUCUCAUCAACACCAGGUCAGCUCUAAGCAAGUUUUGGAAUACCAUCUCAGUCUCAAGAGCAUUCACACGGAUGUCACCUCGGCGGCUUUGAUUAGCUUUCUCAGAGAUACUCUGGCACCUAACAGUCUGGAGGUUCUCUUCUUGCAGGAUCGCAGACGGGCCAGUGGGCCGCCAGCCGUGACCAUAGAUCAGAUCUUUAAGGGAAUCAUCAGAAAGCAUCGAGCGAGCUUGCAAAAGGUUCUUCUGGACAGUUCAGACCGGAAGCGUAGCAAUAACAACCCGUCGACAGACACCGCUCGCUGGCGCAACUGGGUGCUGCCGACAGACAUGUUACUUUACAUGACGAGUGGACGCAUGGUGGGCCUCAGGGAACUGGCCAUUUCCUUGCACUUCAAAGACUGGCACACGUUCCUUCAGCGCUUGCCCAACACUCCUCAACUGCGAUCCCUCAACCUGCAGCAUAUUGCCGACCAUAUACUCGGCAACUUUGAUCCGCGGGAGUUGGCGUUGCAGAUGGUGGAUAUUAUCACCCUCCGCCCUGAUAUCCAACUUUGUUAUGUGGGAAUUUCCACCAAAUGCUUUGAGAUCUUGGAGAGCAAGCCAGCAGAAGAAGGUGGUGCUUCGACCACGAGUGUCACCGCUGAUCAGGGUGUAGUGGGUCACGAAUCUGGAGUCGACGGCGAAGACGACGAUGAGGACGAUGAGGUCGCUACGGACGACGACGACGACGACACGGCGAGUCAGGUGGAUGAAGAUACCUCCGAAGAGGAGACUGAUGAUACCCCGGGGAAUGCAGUACAUGCAGAUGACUCGCAGUCGGAGGCGUCUGCGGCGCAGGAUUCAGACGACGAUGAAUCGAUGCGAGAUGCCGACUACGGCAACUCGCGUCCACGUCUCCGACUUCGCGAAAUUCUCUUUUAUGACGACAAGGUCGCCAUCUUCAAGGCUCGGCACGGCAAACUGUGA